GGAAGCCACCCUAUACUUUUAGCCCUGUGUGAUUCUGUUCAUAGCCCACAUACUUCCAUCCUCAGAAAAACUGUAAUGCAAGUCUUAAGUGACAGUCACUUGCAGUUUAAAGGCCAGGCACCACCUCCUCGGCUAGCCUUUGUUCUGUCUUUCAUUGUUGACAUUUUUCAGCGAAGUAAGACCAUUGAAGUAUCAGAUGCUGAGUUUAUUCUUCCUGCUAUCUUGAAGUGCAUGAUACUGGUCAAUGAGCCAAUGGUGAAGAAGCUUUCUACAAAAGCAUUGCAGCACAUUAUUGAAGGCUGUCAGGAGGUUCCACAAGGGGAAGCUGUAUCAUGCGUUGUAUGUAUUUUAAGGCAGUUUAUUCAAGAAUAUUUGUGGAUGUAUGAUCACCAGGUAUUUGGCAUCUUGGAAACUAUGUCAAUUUUGGACCAGUCACUUGUUGUAGACCUAAUUCCUACAAUCUCUGAAAGCUUGAAGUCAUCUGAGCAUAAGCGUGGACUAGGAAGAAAUGCAGCUUCUAGGGAGGCUUACAAAAGAUUGCUGUCUCACUUGGGUGAACUUGGACAAAAUGAGCUCCGAGCACUAGAAAAUGAAAGACUUUCAUCCUGA